AGUACAAUUUCACACAAUGCAGCGGUGUAAUACGUCCGCAACCUCUGAGUUUAUUGUAUUUAUUAAAAUUAGAUCAACAAAGUCAUUUCCGGCUGCUGUGCGGCAUCACUCAUCGCACUCGCACGCGGGUACUUUAUUUAUAUAGCGCCAUUAGCGCGACCAAAAACAAACUCCCAUCCCGCACAACAACGGUGGCGGAGAGAUCCACAACAAUCGAAGUUCAAUUUCCCGUUGGGUUCGGGGGAAAUCCGGAAGCGAGCUCCGGGAAAGGGGGAAAACAAUUUCAACGCGACGCGAGCAGUUCCGUUUUCCGCCUGGAAGGAUGCUAUUUGCCAUCGUUUGUUGCAAAAAUAGUGGCUAGUUAGUAGGCGCUAUAAGGCGCCCUCUGGCGGGGGAGGGGGCAUUCAUGGGCCAGGAUGUAUUCGACGGGAAGCAAUCGUAGGGUAAUUUAAUAGAGAGAGAUGACUUCAUGAUUAAUGUGCAAUUUGAUUAAUGGUUUUAAUUGCAGAGCUUCUUGGAAGUAGAUCCAGCAGUGUUUAUAACAUAAACACUAUCUGAGGUGCCAAGUUUGAAAGUCUUGCCAUAAAUUUAACGACUACUUUUUUAUGGAUUGUUCACAUUUCUGCGGAGCAACAGUUGGAAGAAAAGCCCGGAAACACAUGCUUCAAAAUGAAGGACAUGUACUUACAAUAUAAUUUACACUCUUUAACUCACAUUCUUAGUAUACCUUUACUUACGAACGUACUGUUACAUUAUACUGACCCUUCCAUUUGAAUUCCACGUGCAAUCUGAGUUCCAAAAUAAACAACCCAAAGCUUUAUAGCACCCUGACACUUGCGCACUGGCAACGCGAGCGUGUCCAGAAAAUCGAUAUUUCAAACCCAGCUGUACCUAGGCGCACAACAACACAGGGUCGUUUUGUGUAGUGCCCGCGGUAGAACGCGGUAUCGGCGCCAACAAGAAUGGCCGAAACCAUGGCCACCAGCACGGACGAUACGGGCGAGGAGUCGACGAGGACCCAGUGCGACUGUUCCCAGCAGCAGCUGAUCGAAGUCCGUGCCCAGCUGACGGCGCUCGAGCAGAGCAAUGAAACGCUGCAGAAAAAGCUGGACGGGUACCGGAAGGACAACGAGAAUCUGGUCAUCAAGUACGCGUUCGUGGAGAAGAAGGUGCUCGACCUGAAGGCGCUGGUCGGCGACAAGGACUCGCAGCUCAAGCGGCACGAGCAGGAGGUGGCCAGCCUGCAGAAACAGAUCGGCACGCUGAAGGCGGACAAGGCGAAGCUGCAGAAGAACAUUGAGUCAAAGCAACGCGACGUGGAGCGGCUCGGCAAAGAGCUGGAGGGUAGCCGCCAUUACGCGUCCCAGAUCGAGAUGCGCUACAAGUACGGCAGCUGCCGGUUGCGCCGCGAGGCGGAGGAUCGAAUGAAACUUGAGGCGGAAGUGCUAACGUUGCGUCAACAGUUAUUGCAGCACGUGAUCGCGGAGGAGACGCACCAGGCGAGCGAACAGGUGGCGGAGAUGGAGCGCAAGGUGAUGGAGCUGCAGGCGCGCGAGAUCAUGCUGAAGCACGCGAACGACGAGCAGGCGGGCAGGAUCGGGACGCUCCAGCGGGCCAACCACGAGCUGCGGGACACGGUCGAGCGGCAGGAGAAGAAGCACACCAGCACGCUGCAAACGCUAAAGGAACUCGAAACGGAGCGGGAUCACCUGCGGCAGCAGAUGGGUCAGCUGCAGGAAAGCUUCCACCAGCAGCAGGCCGCGAUAGCGGAGCUCCAGUCGAAGGUGGAGGCCGCCAGUGUCGCCGCCCAGGAGUCGUCCCGCAUGGAGCGGGCCGUCGCCGAGCAGCGGGCCGAGCUGGAGCAGCUCGCCGGCACGCUGGACGAGCAGCGCAAGGACCUGGAGGUGCUGGCGGCCCGCGAGCUCGAGCUGCUGGCCCUGAACAAAGAUCUCAGCGAGGUGAACUGCCUGCUGCAGCAGGAAAUAGCGACCCAGGAGUCGAAAACGAUCGCGAUCACGCUCGAGUACGGCAAGUUCGUGAGCAUGUGCCAGGAGUACGACGCGCAGAUCGUCAGCCUGGCCAACUCGCUCGCCGCCGAGCGGCAGCACCGGACGGAGGAGCGGCUGCUGAUGGCGAAGCACAUCGCCGACCGGACGCGCAAGCUCGAGCAGGCGGAAAGCUGCCUGCAGCAGACGCUCAACGAGCUCGAGGCGAACCGCAAAAAGUACUUCGCGCUGGUGAAGGACUUUAAGCGCGAGAUGAAAAAUGCCCACUGUGGCGUAGAGUCGAGCAUGAUGGGACAGCAGUAGAGGUGCAACGGCUUGGCGUACCUUUGCGCUACGGUGUGAGCCGCUUUUAUUUACCGAACGCGAUAACAGACGCUGCGAGAAGAUGCUGCGAGGCAAUAAACGCGGUGCAGCGCGUAAAUUAUGUAUGUGUGUGUGUGUGUGUGCCCCGACAGGGCAGAUAAGAUUAAGGCAGAUUGGUUGUUGGU